AUGUAUACCGGUUUCCUGAAGCUGGAGGAGAAAGGUGAAGAAUUCACCAACAAUACGAAAUAUCGGAGCGUUGUAGGAGCUCUCAUGUACAUCGCUACCUGUGCUCGACCCGAUAUCGCAACAAGUACUUCUAUAUUGGGACGAAGCUUCGAAACCCCGAAGGAAGGCGACUGGACUGCGGCCAAGCGCGUUGUCCGCUACUUAAAAGGGACAGCGGACUGGCGUUUACGACUUGGGGGAGAGGCGGCUUGCAAGUUGGAAGUGUUUUCCGACUCCGACUGGGCCGGUGAUCCAAGGACCAGGAAGUCCAUGACUGGAUACGUGUUGUUCUUUGGAGGAGGAGCUGUGACAUGGACGAGCCGACGACAAGACUGUGUUAGCCUAUCAUCGAUGGAGGCUGAGUACGUUGCCCUUGGUGAGGCGUGUCAAGAGGUGAUGUCGACAAGGCAGCUACUCCAGGAUUUAGGCGAAAAGUAG